GUCUCCGUCAUAACGUCCAGGACUUGAUGUCCGUCAUGCUGCUACUUCUGGUCAGUGCGUCCUGUCUGGCGGCCGCCAGCGCUCAGCGCAUAUCUUGCACUAUGGACAAUAAAUGGUCGGCCACCAUGUUCGACAUUCGAGCGACCUCCCAAGGAUAUGGUAUAAUGGCUGACUUUUACUACGACUUCAUGAAGGGAACCACUGCCAUCCAGUACUAUCAGUCCGAUUCCCAAGUAAAGGCGCGCAAAGUGGUCACAUCGUACUUCACGAAGGAACGCUACAACAUCGAAGCUGAUGGCACAUGCACCAAGGUUGCCAUCACUGAAAAGUUGCUGCCAAAUGCCGUCGUGGGCGAGAGGACAGAACUUGGAUCCAGCUACAUCGGUGCCUCGUUAGGCGGGCUGAAAUCUGACAAUUGGUUCUUUCCGCUUGGAACUCAGAACGUAACUGUGAGCUUCGCCUACCCUGGCUGUGUCCUAACAUUUCAGGGAAUUGUCGACACAGCAAAGUCACCCCCAGAGAAGACAGCGUUCUACUUCAAUAAGCACACGGCAGGCAUCACUGAUCCGUCUGCCUUUAGCGUACCCUCCUCCUGUCAAUUGCUUAGUCAACCUGUGGGCAAACGAUGAUGACAUUAUGAUUACAUUUCUACUUGGUGGCUUUCCAGGAUGUACUGCUGACAUUGAUAUGGAUAUCUGGUGCAAAAUAAUGUUCUGGCUGCUGAGUUUAUUUAUAAAUACAAACAUCUAUUUGUGUAAUAAACCUCCUAUCACCUG